AUGGAGAGCAGAUCCGAGCUCUCGGGCCACCUUCCGCGCCUGCCACUGCCCGGCUGCCCGGAGCCCAGACAGCCCAGCCAGGCUGCCGACGUGGGGAGGGGAGGGGAUGGCCCUGCGAGCUCCCGGGGAGGAGGGGGGAGGUUGGGAGACUUUGGCUGCCAGGAGCCGGGACACCGGAGGGAAGCAGGAGGCCCAGCUGGACGGCUGCUCAGGCCACUGGCUCCGCCUCUCCCGUCGGAACUUCCUCGGGCCCAGGUCCCCCUGCAGAGCGCACACCCUAACCUGGCCCUCUUCCUCCACCCCUGCCCAGCCGUGCCCCGGCCCCUCUCUCGACCCGUUCCACCUGGCAAUGGCAGCAAGGAGGAGCUGUCGGACACCCGGGACCCACUGCUGGCCCAGGCGGAAUUGGCCCUGCUCUCCACAGUCUUUGUGGCCGUGGCCCUGAGCAAUGGCUUGGUGCUGAGCGCCCUAGUGCGCCGGGGCCGGCGGGGUCGCUGGGCGCCCAUGCACGUCUUCAUUGGCCACUUGUGCCUGGCCGACCUGGCCGUGGCUCUGUUCCAAGUACUGCCCCAGCUGGCGUGGGAUGCCACCGACCGCUUCCGUGGGCCCGAUGCCCUGUGCCGGGCAGUCAAGUACCUGCAGAUGGUGGGCAUGUACGCCUCCUCCUACAUGAUCCUGGCCAUGACGCUGGAUCGCCACCGCGCCAUCUGCCGCCCCAUGCUGGCAUACCGCCACGGAGGCGGAGCCCGCUGGAACCGGCCGGUGCUGGUGGCCUGGGCCUUCUCGCUCAUUCUCAGCCUGCCCCAGCUCUUCAUCUUCGCCCAGCGUGACGUGGGAGACGGAACUGGGGUCCUUGACUGCUGGGCCCGCUUUGCUGAGCCCUGGGGCCUCCGAGCCUAUGUCACCUGGAUCGCCUUAAUGGUGUUCGUGGCACCUGCCCUGGGCAUCGCUGCCUGCCAGGUGCUCAUCUUCCGGGAGAUUCACGCCAGCCUGGUGCCGGGGCCGGCAGAGAGGGCCGGGGGCUGCCGUGGGGGGCGCCGGACAGGCAGUCCCAGUGAGGGGGCCCGGGUGUCAGCAGCCAUGGCCAAGACCGUGAGGAUGACGCUGGUGAUCGUGAUUGUGUACGUGCUGUGCUGGGCGCCCUUCUUCCUCGUGCAGCUGUGGUCGGCGUGGGACCCCGAGGCGCCCCGGGAAGGGCCCCCCUUUGUGCUGCUGAUGUUGCUGGCCAGCCUCAACAGCUGUACCAACCCCUGGAUCUACGCUGCCUUCAGCAGCAGCGUCUCCUCUGAGCUGCGCAGCCUGCUCUGCUGGGCCCGGAAGCGGGCCCCCCCCAGCCCGGGGCCCCCCGAGGAGUCCUGCGCCACCGGCAGCUCCUUCCUGGCCAAGGACACUUCCUCCUGACGAGCCAGGCGGUGCCUUCCUUCUAGAGGCUCUGCGACACUCAGCCACCCACCUGGAGCUGGCCCCGGGAGCCCCUGGGAAAAGGGGUCCCUCUGGGACUUGGCUGUGGGACUAAGAGCCAGAGGUCAGCUCCUUGGUGCUGGGUGUGGGGACAGGCUCCGGCGGCGGCAGCGCGGUGGCACAGGGCUCCCACCCCAGCCGGUGCCUUCCCGGAGAUGGAGGUCCCAAGGAGCCCAGGAGGAAGGAAAGGGGGCAGGGC